AUGUCGAUCGGGGCCAACGCCGUAAUGGCGGUCCAGAACGCGGCGUCGGCACAACUCAUCCGUUUUGUGCCGAAUUUUGUGGCCCUCCGGUUAAGUUGGACCCAAAACGAGCUGAAAUCCGAGGGGAUGGAGCAGUUCGUCGAGGAGUUUCUUCCCAUUAUCAGGUGCCUUGAUAUUUUCAAAAGAUGACUGAAAUGUAUUUUUUUACAGAUCCCACAAUCCGGAUAUCAAAUAUUUCCUGCACCGCACUUAUACUUCAUGUGACCCGUUCAUCAUUGGAGAGUGAGAUGAUUUUUUCAAAAUAACUUGGAAAAUAAUGAGAAUUCCAGGUAUUCCUGGCUGAGGCACCGAAAAAAGCGCGUCUCCUGGAAAUCCAAGCAUCAGGUCCUCUCGAUGGUCGAAGAAAUGGCCCUCGGCGGCGAUUAUCGAUCAGGUUUUGAAGAUUUAUCGAAAAGCCGAAAGCUUUCAUGAUAAAUACUAGGCUUUUCGGACCAAAAAACAUUUUCUCUUGUUCGGGAGCUAUAGUCCAUUCCGCGCCAGCUUGUCCAAAUGACCGUAUACCUAAUUAGAUCAAAUUCGCUUCGAGACCCUUGUUUUUUGCUCUCAGAUUUUGGUAACGCGAACCGGACGUGUCGGGGCGUUUCUAGUGACCACUUUAGUAGCGUCAGCUCUCUUAAGUGACCCCUAGAAUUACUAAGGAACCCUUGGAACUCGUCCUGUUCUCGUUACUGUCUUUUAUGUUUCUUAAAGAAAAAGUACUGUUCUUACUGUACCUUUUUCCUUCAAAAUACCGUAUACCUAAUUCAAUCAAAUUCGUUUCAGGACCCUUAUUUUUUGUUGUCUUUUAUGCAGUUUCGUAGAGAAAAAGUGCUGUUUUUUACUGUAGCUUUUUUUUUUAAACCUGACCGUCUAUAAGAAGUGUGGCCUGUCUGCGCUCUCCACCAAUCAAGCACUAUCUCUUUUUAUUAUCGUGUCAGGACCCAUUUUUGAUGGCUCAAGCUAGCCGUGAAUCAGUUUUAUAAAAAAGCUCAAAACCUUUUAAAGCUUUCGAAACAACUUUACGAUUUCAUAGAUGCUAUUUCAGUUCUUCGCAACGGUUCUUUCCCAAUUUAUUUACAAAAAAAAUGCUGAUUUUCUCAGAAAUAUAGCUGAGGCUGGUAUGAGCUAUCAAAAAAGGUCUUGGCGCGAAAAGUAAAAAGACAGUACCUGGCUGGUGGAUAGCGCAGACAGGCCACGCCCCCUAGCUUCCCAAGUUAGUUGUGAAUCGGCUAUAAGCAGAGAAGUGGAAAAAAACAUUGCGCUGGAAAUCCCGGCAUUUUACAGUUUAACCCCCUCCCUCCCAUUUAAGUUGGAUAUCCUCGCUCUCCCCCCGUCUCCCCCCCUACAUCUGUUGCAUCUUCUUGAAAAUCUGAAUAUCGAGCCGCAUGUUCUAGAAAAAAAUAAUUUUUCAUAACUUAAGAAAUAUUUUUUUUUCAUACAGAAACGUUUUUUAAAAAGCAACCGAACUUUAUCGAAUUCUAGGAUAUAAACGAGGCGUGAACCGCCGUCUUCCCAGAGGAGCCGAACUUUGGGACACGGAAACCAUGGGCCAUGACGUGUUCAAGGUUUUCCAAAUCAAAAAAUUCCUAAUCAUUGAAAAAUGAUUGUUUUAAGGUGUACAGCAAGUGGAAGGCCGAUGAACCGGAGGAGAACGACGAUCCCGUAAUUACCGCCAAAACGCAUCCGAAUUUCACGUAUCGAAAAUAUUGA